AUGUCUGAUGAAACGUUAGGCCAGGUCUUCAAUCAUAUUGUUUUUCCACCCAAACUUCCCGGACAACAAGAUGCAUCACCCGAGAAUGUAAGAGAAAAUCUAACAAAUCGUAUAAUUGAUGCGACUUCAAUUCUCAAAAACAAUUCGACUGCCGAAUAUUUACCUGCGUGGAGUCUGAUUGAAGACUCGCUAAAUACCUUCAGACUGAUCAACGAUGCUGGUUUUGUCAACCAGGUGGAGCUACUGGAUGCUUUUAAGCUUUUGCAGCCGCACCAUGCGAUUAUUUUACACGUCGUCGACCAAAAUGCUGGGAUUCUCAUACGUGAGGAUGCCCCAAAUGUUAUCUUUGAAGCCUUUGAAGCGUCAGCCAUGGCGGAAAAGGUUCUGGAAUCACAAGCUGCCUUGCAGUGGGAUUUCCCUGGGGCGACAGUCUCAAUUCCUCGCUCUGAAUUCGAAAAUACCAGCUUUCAGAACAGCCUUGCUGUAUUUCUUGAAAAGGCUAGUAUAGAGACUCUCGAUGAAUUCGCGGCCAAAUCACAAAAGGCUGGAGCGACCAUUUUGGAGACUCGCGAUACAACAGACCCCGCUCUUAUCACACAGUUUCUUAUGACGCUGUUAGAAACUAGUGGUAGUCGCAUCUAUCCGUCAAUACUCAGAAAACGUAUCAAAGAUGACGUAUGUUGGGACAAUGCUGACCUUCCUUGGCGACGGAGCCCUCAUUGGCUUGUACUUCGCGUGUCAGUUCAACGAUUGUUAUAUUUGACUCUUGGAGAUGAAAUUGGCCGCGCACAAUACAAAUUUUUGAUCUGCGCUCUUCUAGCCCGACUGCUCAAUGAUUCUGCCAAUUCUUUAAGUACAGAACUUUGCCAUUUCCUGAAAGCAAAACUGUGCCGUCGCCUCGCGAAACUUGAAGUGGACAGGGAGAAUUCGGGCCCACGUGCCCGUCAUGUAUAUUCACAUCUUUUUGGUACGAUUGGUACUCUUUGCCAAGAAUCUAUUAAGACCGCCACAGCUGCCAUAAAAGCCCAGUGGCGUGCUUUUAGGACGAACAUUCGCCGUAAAAUACCCAAUCUUCCCCCCACUGCUAAUGGAGAGGACUUACAUCUUACACUUCCUAAUUGCGCAUCUUAUCUUCAGAAUGUUCUUAACCAAUAUCCACCAAAGAAAGACCCACCAAAAAUUGGGGACGAAGCUUUAUUUACUCCCAAAAUUGAGAAAAAUACCACGGACACUCUUGGUGAAUUACUCAAUAUUUACUUUUCGCUCGCCGAUAUGGAGUUGUCCAUCGAACUUCAAGAUAGAGACGUGCCAAGCUCGAGAAAUGCGUGCGAUCGCCUAUGCAUGAAUCUCGCCAGUCAAAGCAAGACGUAUUUAAAGGCUGUUGGAAACGCCUACGAUAAAAAUCCAGAGCAGUUAAGCGUUUUCAUUCUUAAUAUCUUUGACUUAUGGGUACGUAUGGACAAAUGUGCCACUGUUUUGUACCCUCUCCUCAAAGAAUAUCACCCAUGCUUCCACCCCAAGAUAUUCGAUGUACUGCUGUUAUCAUCGUUUGAAGACAUGAAGCGGCUACAAUAUAUUCAGUUAUAUCUCCACCAGCGCUGCACAGUUGCACAGCACGGUAAUAUGACUAUAUUGGAUGAUCCAGAGCCUGGAUGUUUUGUUGAUCGAUAUUUUGACCUGGAUGAUGCUGCUGGCUUGCAUACGCUACAGCAACAUAUUGAGGCCGCAUCUCUCGCCUCUCGAAGGAAAAAGGAACAAGAACUUGCGAAUGUGAAUGCUAGGUUUAAGGAUCUGACGAGGAUGAAACAGGAAAGUGUAUGUACUCAACGGCGGAACGAGGACGGUUCCCACAAAAUCAAAGGCUGCAGUCACUGCUAUUAUAUUCGACAGCGCAGACGCCUUAAGAUAAGCAUACAUGAGGAUUUUCUUCCUUCUGAAAAAUCAGAGAGGAAUCGAGCCAAGCGACGUGCCAUUCUCUUCGAGCUUGGUAUCCCUAAGACUUUUGCUUCAUAUCGGAAGCUAACAUGGGAUAUAGUCCACCAUCUCUGCUCCAAAGCCAUAUUUUCAACAACGGAGGCCCCGAAGAUGCUACUUUCAAAGUACAUUAAUCUUAAGAGUUUUAGUACCAACAAUUCGAACUGCGAGCUUUCUUUGGCUUCGUCCACAAAGUCUUAUUUAGGAACGCACUAUAACUGGAGAAAAUUACCUGCGGCGGCAUCUAGUGUGCUUCUGCCCUUUGGAAUGGCUUUCGCAUAUUAUGAUUCGGUACUUAAUGUUUGGAUAAAAGAUCUACUUCGCUCCAUAAGCUUGGUACACCAUUUUGAGAUUCGUUUACCUAAACAUCUACCAUUCUCUAACCUUUAUUCUUCUUCCGCAUUUGCUCCUAAUGGGUUGGGGCCGACUUCCUAUGAGACUAUCGCAAGUAUGAAUGAAUGCCCAUACCAGGUAUCUAUUCACGAGUUUAUGGCGCACCAAAAUCUUAUGUCAGGCAGACAUCGACGAUGGCUAUCUAUACUUGCCGAACUCGGCUCAUCAAAUUUGAAUUUCAGCUUGCAGGACACUACUGUACUUUUUCAUCACCUCGCGCUACAAGCAGGACCCAGAGUAGACACAGAUGUACUCCGGGCAGUUCAUGUUGUUUUUAGAGAUAACAGCUUCUGUAGCCGCUUGAUACAGGAAAUUGACAAACACAUUGAAGCCGUCUCUGCAAAUUGGCGUGAAAGCAACUAUAUGGAAACCUUACUGACUCUCGCUAUUCGCGUACGCACACUCUGUCCCCAGAAAAUGCAGUCCUUGGCAAAUCUUCUUCUAAUAAAAAUUCGCCGAGUGACAUUUACGUGGGUUACACUCCUUCGUGAGGAGGCAAUCGAGGCGGAAGAGGCAGAUGUAGCGGAGCAGGCCGCCCGAUAUGGUUUCUUGGCAGCGUUAUUAUGCCGCAGAACAUUUGUCCUCCAAGCAUACGGCAACAUAGCACUGGAUGCAGAGAGCUUCGAAUGUUUUAUCGGGGUUACCCUUACCAUGCAAGAGAAUCUUGUAGAAUUGGGUAAAUUUUCUACGUUAACACGAAAUUUGUUGGUUCGGGAUAUCAAAAUGACUUUUCGAAUGAAAGCCAUGCUUCGCCAGUCUGUUUCACUGUACCCAGAAAGUCUUGAAUCCGCUCUUAAAAUGGUAUGGCCAGAGGCCGAAAAAUGUUUUCGAGCGUUCACCGAGUGGCGUUUUUUGCCUAAAGCACAUGAAUGGUGGGUCUCAGCGUCAGUCAAGCCGAUAAGAUACAUGAAGUCACAGGUCAUACAUUUACAUCUUCUUCAAGGGCAUCUGAUUGUUGAUGGAAAAUCACUGGGGAAAUUGCCCGCAGAUAUCAGGGACUCAGCAAUUCUGAAAGAACUGUUUGGAAACCAGCGACUCCGUGCUCUUCCCUCGAAUAUACCUGGAAUGAGCUACGUGCUUGAGGGUCGCAAAAAUAACUACCAGAUUCACUUAGGAUAUCGCCCGCAGGGACUCGUAAUGCAGGCUACCUCGUUGACUACAACACUAGAGCAUAUUCCUCGACAUGUUUUUGGAACUGACUCUAAUUUUGACCUCCCUGAUUCCUUGGUUUCCAAUUGUAUUCAUUGGUUGGAUCUAAAUUCUGGAGUUCUAGAAAUAAGACGCAUGCCGUCUGUUUGGAAGAGUAGGCCCGGAGACUGGAACCUCAAUUUCUGGGACCGAAAGGCAUAUCGGCGGACAGUUUCUCUAAUUGAUCCGCAUAGUAAACUCUUCAAGACAGUAGCCCAGGUUUUCAAGGGUUUUGAGCUGCCUCAAAUGUUGACUAUAUUUCAACCUCGUUCUUCUCCUCUCUCAGUGGAGUUAAAACGCAUGAAUCUUGAUUUUCAUGUUAAUAAGUGUGGUCUCCUUCAAUGCAAGCAGCUAUCUUCUGAAAUUGACUCGAACCAAGACGCAGGGGUUCUCUAUGGAUUACAGAGUAUGCUUGUUCUCCGGGAUACACGCAACCGUUCUCAACGCAGUAUCAUUGCCACUCAUGGUAAGGUUAAUAUUCAGCGACUGGGACCACAUGUUAGCGUUCAAUUGGAGAAUACUGGAAGCUACUUGAGAUAUACAAUUGACGAUGUACUCGGGCGGUUGCAUUGCCUUCCCGAACCCCGAAUACUUUACAAUAAAGCGCAACUACAUGCUUUUACAUCAUUUGUUUUACCUGACCCUUUAACAGGCCGUACUGGAACGGAAGAAGCUUUGCAUUGUUUGCAGUCAGGAUAUUGCCAGCCCUGGUGCCCCCUAGCGCGAGAUAUUAUCGACAUACUAAAAAGGCUUUCAGAGCUAACACCAAAACGACUGUAUUACCCGAAAAAUUUAAAAUGCCAACAAGUUACAGCCUGGAAUCCUCAUUUAACGACAUUUAUCCAACAUGAUGCGUACCAGCCUAUCAUUGAUGCCAUUUUCAAAAAAUCAGAGCGAUUACUACCGUUUUACGGUGACGGGUCAGGAAGUGUGCUCACUUCAUCUUUGCCCUUCGAUCAUCUCCGAGAUAGGUCUCAAUGGCGCCGAUCACUCUAUGAGUGCUCUGAUACAUUGUGUACAAAGCAAAUCUCCAUGCCUAAUUCACAUUAUCAUAGCCGAGAUCGUUGGGUGACUUGUAAACGAACUUUGAAUGUUCGUGAAAUAGCUACUUUGCUACGUUCACAGCCUUCUUUUGCAUGUGAGACGGUUGAUCUAGCAAAAAUACUGGAACGGUGGCCAGCUAUAGGGGGAUUUGUUAAGGAGUUCAUGCCACAUCUCAUACAAGAUUGUUUAAAUGUCAAUAUUGCAGAAGAGUGGGGCAGCCUGGUUAAUCUCUGUAGGAAUUGUGAGCUAAAGGAUUUUCAUCGACUUGCCUUCCAUUUGGCUUUGAUUGCUUUCCGCGAAGACGCUGAUAUCAGAAUUCUAAGGACGUUGAUUGCCUUUUUUCUGCUCGAUGAUUUGAGAAGGCUGGAUUGCCCUCCAUAUGCGUCAUUCACUGGGUUUCAAAUGAACGAAAAGCCAUCCUCGGACGUAUUGACAAAGCUAAUCAAGCCGUACUACAAGGAGUACUUGCGUCCAGUCACCCCCAAAAGCGUCUCAAAGAGAGCCGGCACAAAUCACUUGGACUGCGUACUAGAACAUGAGAAAAAGUGCCACUGCGAGAGUGAGUAUUUCGUAAUGUUUCUCAUCGACCAAUGGCCCACACCAGCACCUUUUACUACUGGCUUUCAAUCCUCAUAUUUGGAAAUUGAGAACUCCCUUGAAGCGGUGCGCCCAGAAUGGGGCCGCCUCUAUGAAAAUUUGCAACUUUCUGAACACAUUUCCCAAGUCCAGGCGAUUCUCGACCGUUUUUAUCGCAAAGAUCCAUCCAGGCCAUAUGUUCCUCCAGCUCGAUCAAGAAUAUAUUUUGAAGUGCAGAUGAGACAAUUUACCGGUACACCCCGCCUGGCGGAUGACUUGCUAUGCCGGAUAGGACCUAAACACGACGAAGACGGCGAUUUUAAGUGUAUUGACCCUUCUGCAUAUUUCGAAGCGCAACACUCGGUCAGACCCUUUCCACGUGUAGUGUUCCCAGAUUCUGAGGUUAAGGAGCUUGAGAGAAUUAUCAAAAUUUUCACUAAUUCAACUUGUCCUGUAAGCUCAAGUUAUGGCCGAGACUUGGAGGAAAGUAUCACUGCCCUGAAAACUAAGAAAACGGAGGAACAUAAGGAGCCUCUGAAUAUUCAUUUUGAUACCCUGAUCCUAAAUGCUCGCAACUUGGUACGUCGGUACUAUAUGGAAAUAUGUAUUGCGCUGUCCGCACAGGACGAAAGGUAUCGGUGGUUUCAACUGGGUAGCCUUUGGCCACGCAUUACACCUAUCACAAUUCUCGAACGAUUGCGUUCGAAUUCCCAGCACACCUUUGGCCAGAAUAUGAAAGAUUCUUUCAUAAUAUAUGCCAAGGCUAUCAACAGACUACAACGUCUUCUUCGAAUGAAAGAUGCCUUAAUACGGAAGGACAGAGAAAGGCUAAUUCAAGAGUAUAACAAUCCUGGGCAUAUCAAUUGGAACCCAAGCGCUUUUCCUGACUGGCUGCUCUUGGAAAUAGAUGCUAAUAUGCAAAUUCGAGAAGACCAGGUAACUGUUGCUUUAGAGAUGGUAUCGCCUACAUCGGACGCUAAUUCUGUUCUCCAAAUGAAUAUGGGGCAGGGAAAGACAUCUGUAAUAAUGCCAAUGGCCGCUUGUUUACUUGCUGACAGUAAAAUUCUUGCUAGAUUGCUUGUCCCUAAGACACUGUUAUCCCAAGCAGCGCAAACUCUUCAGUCUCGACUUGGAGGACUUCUAGGCAGGGAAAUCACCCAUAUUCCAUUCUCUCGACAAACUCAAACGACAACAAAGGUCAUUGAAGAAUAUCAACAACUUCAUAACAAUGCACUUCGAAACUCUGGUAUCAUACUUGGUGUACCGGAACAUAUCAUGUCUUUCCAGCUCAGUGGUUUGCAGCGACUUUCAGAUGGUAAAGUUGGCGAGGCGAUGAAAAUGAUGGCAGUUCAAAGCCAGAUGGAAAUGGUGUGCCGUGAUAUCCUUGACGAAUGUGAUUUUACUUUGGCUGUCAAAACUCAACUUAUUUACCCUAGUGGGUCUCAGUUAGCAGUUGACGGACAUCCAUAUCGUUGGAAGGUGAUUCAAAUUGUUUUGCACCUUGUUACACAUCAUCUGCCGCACCUUAAAAAAGGUUUUCCACAGAGCAUUGACGUGGUCAAGCGAUCUAUGACUGGGUUUCCAGUCGUAUAUCUUUUGAGAAAUGACGUUGGCGAAGCCCUUGUUCAAAAUAUUGUGGAUGAUGCCAGUGAUGGUCGCAUAUCGCUGCUGCCCAUUCAUAAAUGUACGGCUAAACAGCAACAGGCUAUCAAAACAUUCCUUUCUCAAAAAACGGUUGACCCUUGGGUAGCUAAAUGCAUAUCAGAGAUGUUUUUAGAUUCACUUCCCACUAGACAGACGAUCUAUUUACUUCGUGGUCUGCUUGUCCAUGGAGUUUUGUUGUUGUGCUUGAAGAAGAGGUGGAACGUUCAGUAUGGGCUGCAUCCAAAGAGGGACCCUGUUGCUGUACCGUUCCAUGCAAAGGGAGUCCCAUCUGAGCAGGCUGAAUGGGGCCACCCUGAUGUGGCUAUUCUAUUCACCUGCCUUUCAUUCUAUUACCAAGGUCUCAACCAUAACCAGCUGAAACAGAGUCUGCAAGCCAUAUUAAAGUCUCAUGAUCCUGUCACCGAGUACGACCGUUGGAUACAGGCUUCACCAACUCUACCAGAGGAGUUAAGGCACUGGAAUCUUAUCAACGUGGAUGAUGACAAGCAAAUUGAACAGAUAUGGAGCAAAUUGCGUUUUACAAUCGUUGUUAUUAACCAUUUCCUUAAUAAUUGUGUUUUCCCUACACAUGCCAGGCAGUUCACUGUCAAACUACAAUCAUCAGGCUGGGACAUUCCGCUAUUUCCUUCAGAGAAGAGUCGUGAGAAGCUCUCUGAAGCUGCACUACGGAGGAGACCCGGUAUUACCACUGGAUUUAGUGGCACGAAUGACAACCGAAGGUUACUUCCUCUCACAAUCAAGCAACACGACCUCCCAAGUUUGACACAUAUUAAUGCGGAGGUAUUAACAUACCUUCUACAGAAAAGAAAUCGUGCAUAUAUGCUUGCAAUUAAGCAGAACAAUACACGCUUUUCAGAAAUUGAUCUCCUUCAGCACCUGAAUGACAAAAAAAUCCGUAUUUUAAUUGAUGCAGGGGCUUUUAUUCUAGAAAUGGAUAACCAAACUUUAGCAACCAAAUGGUUAGAUAUAGACAAUGAGGCCCAAGCAGUUGUUUUUUUUGGAUAUGAUAAUACAGCUAGGGUUCUGUACAAGAAUGGCAAAUGCAUUCCCCUUCUUGCAACCCCAUUUGCUGAUAAUCUAGAAAGCUGCUUAGUUUAUCUAGAUGAAGCACACACUCGUGGGACAGACCUCAAACUUCCCAGAACAGCUCGCGGCGCCUUGACCUUAGGGCUCAACCAAACAAAAGACCAUACUGUUCAAGCGGCUAUGAGACUGCGUCAAUUAGGCACGACACAGUCAAUUACAUUCAUUGUACCUCCCGAAGUCCAUCAGUGCAUCCUAGACACCUGUAAACACCACUCAGGAGAUAUUCUUGAUUCAUCACACAUUGUUAUGUGGCUUCUUAACCAGACAUGUGUCUAUAAUCAAGAGCUACAGUCGUUGUAUCUUGCUCAGGGUCGCGAUUUUUGUGAACGAAAACGGGUGGCAGCAGAAUUUGGAGAUCUCUUCACUAACCCUGCUCACCGAAAAGCUUUCUUAAAGGCAUUACAGCAACCAGAACAGCAAACCUUGGAGCAUCUUUAUGGCCCAAAAGUGCAAAAUAACAGCAAUUCUUUAAUGAAGCUUGGUGGGAUCAAGCUUGACAGUAGCAUUAGAGAGAUUAUUCAGGAGCUACAGCGACAACAGCGGGAGUCCAUCGCCGACCACACUCCCUCCUUUUAUUCAGCACUGGAGGAAGUCGAGCAAGAACGUGAGGUUGCAUACCAAAUUGAAGAGGAGAGAGAAGUACAACGUCCUCCAAGAAUGUCAGCUUUAAGCUUUCCCGGACUGCACGGCUCCAUUCUACGCUUUGCCAAAAACGGGAUCUUAGAACUUUUUGGUGCCUAUAGAAAGGCGUCGACCCUUUUAAACUCUACGCAACUCGGUAUGAAAUAUGAAAUUGACGCUAAUACUCUGCUUCCUCGCCUUUAUGCGUCAAAUGAAUUCUUUAGAACGGUGAAACUGAAAGAUGGCGAUAAGAACGACACAUUUACGCGGUCUGCAAAUUGGAUUCUUUGGAGUACGCGAUCUGAGACUGCCAUUGUGAUCAUUCCUGAGGAGGCAGAAGCCCUUAUCCCGAUUCUUCGUAGAAGUUCACCUCCUCACGUACACUUAAUUAUUUAUGCAGCGCCUGUUACAAAACGAAUGGUGAAUUUCAACAAGCUCAACUACUAUGCGCUGCCGAAUCUUCCUACAAACUGGAUACCGCCGUCGUGGCUUCCGCUAGAACUAGGUUUUCUUGCUGGAAGGCUAUACUUUCAGUAUCCCGACUACCGUAUACUGCAAGAUCAUCUCCGUCUGGGGCAAGAAAGAAACCAGGACGGAGAACCAGACACAGCGGUAGAUAGGCCAAGCCGAACGCCACAUAUCUCGAAUAAGAAAACUUUGGAUUUCUUGCAGGAAUGGGCGACACUACGCCGACAAGGCCAAGAUCUGACACAUACCCCCAUGGGCUACGUCUGUCAAGGAUGGGAGAUACGCAAUGAUCAUCCGUUCUUUGCUGAGUGA